GUAUGUACGUUUACAACUUAUAAAUUUGGUAUAGACCGUUAACGUUCAACAAACAAGUAAAAAUUACUUGCCAAAUAAAUUGUAUACAAUUGUUUUCUACAAUAUUACAUGACAUUCGAGUGGUCAAAUGCUUAAAUAAUUAUUGAUACGAUAUGAAACAGUUACGUUAUACGUACAAUACGAUUGCAGAUUCAUCUAUGUAGUUAAAUAAAAGUUAGUGCACCGUACUAAUUUAAAAGAACAGAAAUAGUAUAACGCAAUGAGCGUACAACAAAGCACAGAGUUGAUCAUCUUUGUGACCCAUAUCGAAGCAGAGGAUUCAUUCCUCAAAAUUUGGGGUCAAGUUGACAAAAAUUCUGCGACAUGUGUGGAACGUAUGAUUUUACCUCUGGUCGAACAUUUUAUUCGAAGUCAAGGCUGUGUUGGACCUUUGGCAGCUAAUUUGCAUAUAAAUGCUCUUUGUUGUGCCAAAUUUCAAAAUGAAGGAUACUAUCGAGCCAGAGUAAUUAAUAUACGCUCUGAUGGUAUGGUAGUUCUACAGUUUAUUGAUUAUGGCAAUAUCGAAGUACUACCACCUCAAGAGGUUCAUUUACUUGAUACUAUACCUGGUUCCGAGUCUUUGCAAUCCCUUCCACCAGUGGCAUUAGAUUUCACAUUAAUGCAUGUAUUACCUGUGAAUGGUAUCUGGGAAAACAAGAUAAUAGAGUCCAUUAAGAAGACUCUACGGUACAAUGAAUAUAAAAUUUUGUUUCAUAGUAUGGUUAACAAUCAUCGCUUCAUUAAACUUUGGUGCAAUAAUGAAGAUUUCAGUGAAUUACUGAUUAAGAGACAUAUGGCAAUAAGAGCCUCUUUGCAAGACAUGUUUAGGCUAAAGUGUGUGCAACAACCUCAAGUACCAAUCUACCAACCAAGUAAACAUUCUCUUAGCAGUAACUGUGCUACAAUGACACCUGUAGAAAAUAUGAAUGCAUUGCGAUGUGAUGGAAGUGAAAUGCAUGGAUAUCAAUCAAAUGUUCCUUUAUGUUGUUUGGCACAACAGAAACAAAUGAUGCAGACUUCAGUUCAAGAAGCUCUGGUGUUUAAAUCUCGUGUUUUGGAUGUUCCGUCGAAACAUGAUGUAUACGUUUCUUGUGUAGAAGAUGGUCCACAUAAAUUUUCCGUUCAACUUCGUAGCGCUAAACAAAUAUUAAGUUCACUCAUGAGGGAAAUUAAUAGUCAUCCAAUUGAACCAUUACAAGAACCUCCUUUACCUGGGUCAGUCUGCCUAGGUCGUUACACACAAGAUAAAGUUUUAUGUAGAGCAGUCGUAAUGUCUGUAAUGGAAAAUAAGUGUAAACUUUAUUAUGUUGAUUUCGGCCAUACAGAAAUGUUACCAUAUACAGAUAUUUUCCAGUUACCACCUCAUUUUAUUAAUCCUAGAGUACUUUCUAUACGAUUUACGCUAAGUGGUGUGUACGAAUUAAAUACAACAGAGGAAAUGAAAGAAUAUUUUAAAAAAAUAGUAUCACACAAACCGCUCGUUUUACAUGUACGUCCACCGGAAGGACCACCUUUGGUUCAGUAUGGUGACUUAUACGAUGAAGGGAAAAAUAUAAAAGACAUUCUUAGACAAGCAUUUCCAAGUCCAACUGUAAUGACACCAAGCUCUCCAACCUUUACGUAUCAAGAAGCAAAAAAGUUGUUAAAGGGCACAGAAGAAAAUGUACUCGUGUCAUUUGUAGAAUCUUGCAAAAAGUUUUUUGUACAGUCGGAAAAAAGUAUUAAAUCUCUUGAAUUAAUAAUGACUCAUCUGGCAGAGUUUUGUAAAUCUGCACCAAAUUUGAAUUUGGCACAGCUAAAAAUUGGUUUUCCUUGUGCUGCUUUGUAUGAUCAUCAGUGGUAUAGGGCACAAAUCAUUGCUAUAAAUUCAAAUAACGUGAAGGUUUUAUAUGUUGAUUAUGGUAACGAAGAAACAGUACCUUUAACAUCUCUUCGUUACAUCCGCGAAGAUUUAGUCAAAAAAUUACAAGCUCAAGCUAUAAAGUGCAUUUUAAAUGACUGGGAACUUUUACCUUGUACUCAAGAAGUUUACAAUCAAUUUGAAUUAUUGAUUUUAGAGAAGCGUUUAAGUUUAAGAGUAGUAGAUGUAACUAUGGAUGGUAUAAUUGUAGAUUUAUACGAUCCCGAAAAAAUGCAGGACGUUAAAUCUGAAAUGCUCCAUUUAAUUGGAGAUGAGAAGAAAGUAAUAAAUGAACUGAGUUAUAACGCUAUGGAAGAGAAACACUCUGUAAAAAUGAGUUCAAAAAUAAAUCAAAGCGAAAGUACAAAUAAAUGGCACGAAAAGAAGCAAUCAGAUUCUUGGCAUCAGAAAUCAAAUAACAACAUUGCUCAGGAAAAGAAUAAAUUUAAAUCGUGGAAGGAUGAGUCGAACGAAGGAAAGCUAAAUGACAACAAAAGCGAUAAAAAUAAUUUCCAUCGUAAUGAUACACGAAAUGAAAGUAGCUUUCAUCGUAACGAUACAAGAAACGAAAGUAAUUUUCAUCGCAAUGAUACGCGUAAUGAAAGCAAUUUUCAUCGUAAUGAUACACGAAACGAAAAAUUUAAUAGGGACGAUUAUGCUAAUAAUAGAAAUUCAAAAGAUAAGUGGAGUAACAAAAAUGAAUAUAAUGAAUCGUCUAGGAGUGGACGAAGUCCUAGAGGUGGUGGCAGAAAAACAAGUUCUGGCUAUGGAUUUAGGAAUUCUUCUUCUGAUAAAAGUUGGAGCGAUAAAGAUUCAGAUACAUCGUCUAGAGGUAGCGGUAGACGCGGCAGGAGUUCAACUCGUGGCGGUUAUGCGAAACGCGAAGGAAUUUCCGGAAGACUUCAAAGUAACAAAUUUAACGAUAAAGAAAAUGAUGGAAAUUUUAAAGGUGGAAGAACGAACAAUGACUUUUAUCGUGGAAAUAGUAGAUCUCGAGAUAAGAAAGGGCAAGGGUACAGAUUAACACAAAGUAAAUUUAAUUCUUCAAGUUCAUUUUCUGAUGGGGAAGGUCGAAGAUAUAGUCCCAUGCGAAAUAAAAGCGGAUUUCAUAUUCCAUCUCCUAAUAUAGUUGUUGGAUCCACAAAAACUUGUGAAGUAGUUUUUACAACUAAUUUGUCCGACUUCUUUAUUCAAUUAAGUCCUGAUUAUACUGCGUUAGAUUCUUUAAUGGAAAAUAUUGCAUCAAUAUAUGAGAAUGGUGGAGAGUUAAUGAAGGAGUCCGAAAUAUCGCGCGGAGCGUACUGCGUUGCUCAAUAUUCAGUAGACUUAAAAUGGUACAGGGCGCUAAUCAAAUCUGUUGAAGGAAAAACUGCAACUGUACAAUUUGUAGAUUAUGGAAAUACAGAAAACGUUGAAUUUGACAAAAUUAAAGCUAUUAAAGAAGAAUUUGUGAAACUCCCAGUACAAGCUGUACAUUGUAAAUUGUUUGGAGUAAAGAACGAUGCUCUUGAUAAAAGUAAAGUAAAAGAUUUUGAAGAUAAGGUUGCUGAAAAAACGUUGGAAAUCGAAUUUGUAGUCGAAGAAAAUGGUAUAUAUAGUGUUUUAUUACGAGAAGUUGUUAAUGGUUUUCCAAGUAACACUUUCAUAAAUGAAGAAUUUUGUGAGGGUAUUGAUUUAUUGAAAACAAAAAUGGAUGCAAUACUUAGUGGAAAAACUUCGGCCAGUACAAAACAAUUAAAUUUACCUGAUUAUGUGUCCUGCGAUGCCAAGUGGGCAACGAUUUCGGACAUUCUUGAAGCUAAAAAAGACGUUAUUAUUACGUGGUUUACUAAUCCCAAUAACUUUUAUUGCCAAGUACUUGAUAAUGAAAAAGAAUUUAGGAUUAUGAUGAAUGAAAUACAAAAAAUAUAUGCUGGGAGAGAGCCUGUUUCACACACAUUACAGAUUGGUUCACCGGUGAUAGCAAUAUUUUCUGAAGAUGGAGCUCUCUAUCGCGCAGAAAUUAUUGAAUUAAAUAAAUUAAACGGUCAUCUUGUUCAGUACAUAGAUUUCGGAAAUAAUGCUGUAGUUGAUCCUCGAAAGAUUUAUUCGGUAGAAAAAAAAUUAAUGCAGCUUCCUAAACAAGCUAUCCACUGUUCUUUAUUAAACAUUAUUCCACAAGAUGGUCUUAGCUGGUCAAAAGUAAAUACAACAGAAAUUGAUAACUGUUUUAAUGCUGACAAAUUUGAAUGCGUUUUCCAUGACAUAAAGGAUGAUAAAUAUGUAAUAUCACUGUCGAAUAAUGGAAAUGACGUAGCGACUACAUUGGUUAAAAAAAAUAUUGCAUCAUUUGCGUCAGAGAGUAAAUCAGAUACCAUUGCUAAAGUUGACGAUACUGCAACACCCGAAAUUUUAUGUAACGUGGAGAGAAUAGAUAUAAAUCUUCUAAGUGGUCAAGUGCUUAGAGUUAAAGUUUCAAGCGUUGAAAAUGCAUCUAAGUUUUAUAUUCAAUUUCCUGCAGCUUCUGAAUGUGAAAACCAAAUCAACAACUAUAUGGCUAACAAAGAUCCUAAGGUGAUGCAACGAUUAGCGGCCCAUGAGAUAUGCCUGGGCACAGGUUGUUUGGUUUAUUCAAAUGGAGUUUGGAGGCGAGCAGUAAUCAGUAACCAUUCACGAACUGCAGGCUUUGAUGUAAAAUUCAUUGAUACUGGAGCAUAUGAUGAAAUUCUCUCGGAUAGUGUGUUAGCCUUACCAGGAGAACUUUCAGUUAUGCAAAAUCAAGCAAUAGAAUGUUCCCUUGCAAAUAUAUCUUCUCCUGAAACAGAUAAGAUAUUAAAAGAACGCAUUGAAGGGAAAGAAGUAAUAGUACAAGUUAACGAGGUCGAUAAUAACAGGCUCAUUGUGAAGGUCUUUGAUUUAUUUGGUAACAAAAUAAAUAUUUCUGAAGAUUCUGAUGAGAAGAUAUGUCCAAUUUGUCCAAUGCCUAUUUUAAGUUCUACUUAUAAAGUAGCCGUGUCAUAUGCAGAUCAUUCUGCCAGUAUAUGGUUGCAACGUAAUGAAGAAUACUAUUUGGACAAAACUUUAGCUGAAGCUCUUGAUCAGUAUUAUUCUACAUCUGGAAAAUUAGUGGAACCAAAAGUAGAUCUUCUAUGCGCUGCAAAAAGCGUAGAUGGUCAUUGGUACCGAGCUAAAGUUAUAACAUGUACAGAAAAUGGAGUUUACGUAAAUUUCAUUGAUUAUGGCAAUAAUGAAGAAGUAACGCCUGAUGUGUUGAUGGCUUUAGAUUCACAAUUUUAUACACCGCAUCAGUUGGCUAUAAAUGUGUCAUUACCAGUAACGCUUAAUGGUCCAAUAUCUGAGCAGUUAAACAUACUACAAAAUUACCUAUCCCAUAAAGAACUUACAGCUGUUUUUCGUAAUGUGAACAACAAGUGGGUUGUAGAAUUAUUACAGGACGGAGAAAAAAUCAGUGAUAAAUUCCGUUCGCUUAAUUUAGCAUCAGAAAAAACAUCUAGUGUAGGAAAACCUCGUAUUCAUCACAUGUCAGUAGGUUCCAUGUACAAUGUACUUGUUUCUCAUUCGGAUUCACCUAGUCAAUUCUGGCUUCAACACAAAGACGAUAUUGCUGAUCUUGAGAGCAAGCAAGAAGAGCUUCAAAUACAAGCUCCUACGUUCCCGUUAGUAGAUGGAAUAUUGGAAGAAGGAAGUUUAUGUGUUGCUGUGUACAGCAUAGACAAUCUGUGGUAUAGAGCCCAAGUACUUGAUGCCGAUGAAGAUAUCACGACUGUUCGAUUUAUCGAUUAUGGAAACACGGAUAUCAUCGAUAGUAAGCCUGGAAACAUUCGACAAAUACCAGACUCAUGGAAAGAGUUGAAGGAAUAUGCAAUUAAAUGCAGACUAGAUGUUAUCUCAAUAGAUUCAGAAGAUUGGAACGUUACAACUUGUGAAAAGUUUGGAAAUUUGGUAACAUCUGCUGAUUCUUUACAAGCAUUGAUAAUAGCAAAUAGUAUUCCGAAACGAGUUGAUUUAUUAGUAAAUGGCAAAAGCGUAAACGAGACAUUGGUCGAAGAACAUCACGCUAUAAAAGUUCACACUGAAGAAGAAUUAAUUGACGAAAUAGUUGAUCUCGAAUUAGAUCCUCAUUCUGCUUUUGUAAGUCACGUUAAUUCUCCAAGUGAGUUCUGGGUUCAAGAAGAAAAAUCUGUAGGUGAUUUAGAAGUUAUGUCCGAUAGGUUCAUUGUAGCACAUAUGUUUCCCAAAGUUGAUGAAAUUAAAGAAAAUCUGUUAUGCAUUGCAAAAUAUCCUGAAGACGACUGCUGGUACAGGGCACGCGUUGUAUCACAUAACGAUAACGCCACACGAGUUAUCUAUAUCGAUUAUGGAAAUUCUGCUACCUCGACUGAAAUACGCGCCAUACCUCCAGACCUUGCGAAUGUACCUCCAUUAUCAAGAAAAUGUAGUCUAGUUAUGCCACAAGGAAUCACAGAAUGGUCGCAGAAAGCUUGCGAAGAAUUUGUAAGGUUAGCUGCUGAUGGAGCAACUAUAUUUUUAUUAGAUGUUCUGAAAGAAGAUGAAACAUCGUUAGUAAAGCUAACGUUGAAUGGUAAUAAUGUUACUGAUUUGCUUGCAAACUUCUGUGAACGUUAUCCACCGAUUAUAGAGGAACGAUUACCUCCUUUGGGCGAAGAAAAUUCACCGAAUGUAUUUAUUACUCGCGUUAAUUCACCAAACGAUUUUUGGGUUCAAACUGAAAGCAGUAUCACGGAUUUGAGCAUAAUGGCUGACAGACUGCAGGCAGCUCACAGUUUUCUUCCUCUUAACACGUUUGAAACCGGUACUAUUUGUGCUGCUCAAUUUUCUGAAGAUAAUCAGUGGUAUAGAGCUAAAAUCUUAUCACAUUCUGAGAAUGGUACUGAAGUUUUAUACAUAGAUUUUGGUAACAAAGACAUUACGAAUGAGGUGCGAGUGUUGCCUGUAGAUAUCAUAAAUAUUCCUCCUUUAUCUAAACACUGUGCUCUACAAAAAUUGAAUACCAUAAGCGAUUGGUCUCCAGAAGUUUGCAAAACAUUUGAAGAACUUGUUGCAAACGGAGAAACGAUGUUUCAGUUCGAAAUUCUCGAUGACACAAAUGAUCCAAUUUAUGUGAAAUUAACUCUUAAUGGAACAAAUAUUAUUGACCUUCUGGUGCCAGAUUCUAAAACAGCAAACGAAGAAGACAUAAGUAAGGAAGAAAAAGAUGAAAUUUAUUGCAGUCCUAAAACAGACACGAAUAUCGACAUGCCGUCUGAAAUGUCAGAAACAUUCGAAUCUGCAAAUAAUUUUGAAGAUGAAAAACAGGAAAUGGAUGAAAACGCGGAUAAAUCCGCGAAUAUGAAUUCUACAAUAGAACUUAGCAUUGAUGAAAUCGUUCAGAAUAUGAAAUCCGAGGAAGAAGAAGAGGAAACACUCGAAAGUAACGCCAAUAAUUUAGAAACUUGUGAAAAUAUUGAUAUUAAAGAAAAAACAAAUUUAGAACAAGUUGAAUCACAGGCUGAGAAUGAAACACAAAAGCCGGACAUUAAUAUUGGAAUCAAUAAUGAUUCUCAAAUACAAAAGACAAGUGAGGAAGAAAUUUCAUCAGACGUAUCGAAUACAAGCUCGUUAACUACCAAAAUUGAUUUGAAAAAUCUCGAAGAAGAACAAAAUAAUUCAUUCAAUUCAAAGACAGAAAGCGAAAAAGAAAUAUCUGAAGAUAAUACAGAUAUUCAAUGUAGCAAGCUUAACGAAGAAAAUAAAGUAGAAUUAGAGUCAGAGAAUAAAUUACCUGUAACAAAUGAUAAAGAAGAAAUAUGUGAAUUAAAUACAAAUGUUCAAAAUAGGCUUGAUGAAGAAAAGACAGCAGAAUUAGAGUCAAAAAGUAAACCGCCUGUAAUAAGUGAUAAUGAAGAAAAAUGUGAAUUAGGUACAGAUAUUCAGGCUAGCAAGCUUGAUGAAAAGAUAGAAUUAGUAUCAGAAAGUAGAGAGUCGGUAACAAGUGACAAUAAAGAAGAGAUGUGUGAAUUAAAUACAGAUACACAGUGUAGCAAUCUUAAUGAAGAAAACACAACAGAAUUGCAGUCAACAAGUAAACAAUUUGUAACAAGUGAUGUAGAUGAGAAGACUAUUAAUAUGGAUAAAACUGUUACCCAAGAGCAGGAAAAUGAUAGUGAAAACUGUAAAAUACAAGGUGAUAACAAAGUAAAUGUUAGUACAACGGAUCCUAAAGAUUGUUCUGAGAUUAAGACAGAUAAAAUGGAUAAAAACGAAUGUUUAAAUGUACAGCCUAUAGAACUAUCAAACAACGAAUCUAGUAAGAUCACUGACAAGCAAGAUACGAUUUCAUUAUGUGAAUCAUCAGUUUCUAUGAAUGUUAAUGAAGGAAAUAAUACUGAAAACGUUUCACACUCUGAGGAAAAUUGGGUAAAUGAUUCUAUACAAAAGUAAUAUAAUUGAACGCAAUUUUUUAAAAAACUUUAAACUCUUGUCUUUUGAAUGAAUAUUUAAUUUUGAAAAGAGAUCUAUGUUUUACUUAAUAUAGUUCUAUUAUAAUGAAUAUCUUGCUUGUAACAAGAUCAAAUUUAUCGUACAUGAACAUAAGAAAUAUUAUUGUGCUUUCUUCAAAGAAGAAAUUUUCAGUAAUGGACAACAUUCCUAAAUAUAUAUUGCAGCUUUAAAUGUAAAGAAAUUGGAGUAUAAAACAUUAUUUUUAUUUUUGUGUUAUCUUUUAUAUUUUUUCACGUAAUUAAGAAUUAUCAUU